UUCGUUUCCCCCAUCUUGCCUCCUAGAUUGACGAUUCCGUGGUUGAUUCAGACUAAUGAAGCAGAUCGUCCUACCAUUCGACUUUCUUAACGGAAUCCAUCCGUGGGCGCUCGCUAUAUUGACUGUUGUCGUUUUGGUAGGCACGUACUCUCUGGUCAUUCACUGGUUCAGCCGUCGCAACCCACACAUUCGGGACAUCCAAGGGCCUGUCGAUAGCGCUUCUUGGUUGUACGGGAACUUUCACCAGCUUUACUUAGUCCAACCUUAUGGCAAAUUUGAGUACCCGUGGCAAGAGAAGUAUGGCUCCGUAUAUCGCAUAAAAGGAUGUUUCUCUGAGGAUCUCCUUUUUAUCUCCGACCCAGCAGCUGUCCGAUAUGUUCUAAACGAUGCUAGGACAUUUGAUUAUCCUCCCAACCGGAUGUUCAUUGCAAUGUCAUUGUUCGGGGGAAAAGGUUUACUGGCACUUCGGAUGGGAGGAGAUACCCAUCGUCGGAUCAAGAAUGCCUUCUCUCCCGCUUUUACACUAGCACGCCUCCAGUCGUAUAUUCCUACCAUGAGGGAUAUUGCUCGUAAGGCCAUAGAUAAGCUCACGCAGGAAUACUUGGAGAAAUGCGAACAAGGCGACUCGAAUGUCACCGUCGACAUCUUCCAGAUCCUUCAAAAUGUUACGUCAGAUAUUAUUGGCGAGACGGGAUUUGGUCACAAGUUCAACGCUGUUGAGACCGACGGAGGAGACGAAAUCGCUCGUACUCACCAGAACGUAAUUUCGUUGGGCUCGAGCCGCACGAAGAGCGGGCUUGUGGCGGACGGCGUUACACGCCAUCUACCUCGUAUCAUAUUGAGCUCCAUGCUCUACCUCCCCACUGAGACGAUUAAGACCCUUCAUAACUUCCAGAAACUCACGCAGAAAUGGUCUGCUGCGCUACUCAGGGACGAUGAGAUGUGUACAGAUGCUACAAUAGUCGGGUUCGUUGCAUCAGCGAAUAAGAACCAGAAACGAGACCAGUUAUCAUUCGACGAAAUUAGCGCACAAACUCCUACACUUUUAGCCGCAGGACAAGAAACAACAUCAAACACGCUUUGUUGGGCGCUGUAUGAACUUGCCAAGCGACCGACAUGGCAAGAUCAGAUCAGGAAGGAGAUCAACGAAGCACAAGGUUCAGAAUCUAGCUUGGACCAGCUUGAAUACCUCAAUGCGCACAUCAGGGAAACUCUACGCCUUUAUGCGGCUGUACCUAAUACCGAGAGGGUGGCCUUUGAAGAUGCUAUUCUUCCAUUAUCCCAGCCACUAACCACGGCUUCUGGUCGAGUUAUCACUCAACUGCCAAUACGGAAAGGCCAGUCAGUUUUUGUUGGAAUAGCCUCCUAUAACCGGAACCCUCAAGUUUGGGGCCCCGAUGCCGAUGUGUUUGAUCCCUUACGCUGGCUUGACGGCCGAUGUGACUCAGAAAGUCUUCCGGGAAUAGGACCGUAUUCUAAUCUGGCCACUUUUUCUGGAGGGGCUCGCGUAUGCCUUGGUUGGCGAUUCGCUAUAAUAGAAAUCCAGACGGUCCUCUCGGAACUGCUCACGAAGCUCCGAUUCAAAUUCGAUCCCGAUCAAGAGGACGAGGUAACGUCGCGCUACGCUGUGACCCUGUUGCCGGUCGAUGCAAGGAGCGGAAAGUCAAGCCUUCGGCUUCCUCUACAACCGAUACAGCCUCAUGAACUUGACGAUUACUAGUAUUUGACGAGAUAUGUAUAUGUUGAGGUGUUACAGUGUCAGCCUUUAUGAAAUUCUUCC